UUUAAAAGAAAAAACCACCAAACGAGUCGGACGCGAAAUUUAAGCUGCGAGAAAAAAAGUUACCUGUUAAAUCUGUAAAUUAUCAAGUGCACCAAAAGCAAAAACGACCACAAAUCAUAUUUCUCCGCUUCCCAUCACAAAUGUUUUUGGCCAGCGAAUUUGCUUGUUAAGGUUAAUGCUGCAUAUAUGACAGGCCCACACGACAUCGACAGCGACUGAGACAAGAUGAGCCGCCAACACCAGCGGCAUCACCAUCACCUGCCGCCGCAGCAGCAACAGCAGCAGCAGCAGCAUCAUGUGCCGCAGCAGCAGCAACAGCUGACGGCGCAGCAGCAGCUCCUGAUGGCGGAGCACGCAGCGGCCGCGGAGGCAGCCGAGCUGUUCGAUCUGCUCUGCGUGGCCACAACAAUGCGCCAGAUCCUCGCCCUGCAUCGUUCCAUGUGCGAGGCAGUGGGUCUGCGGCCGUCACCCCUCAAUGACUUCUAUCCUCGGCUGAAGGCCAAGGUGCGCUCGUGGAAGGCACAGGCGCUGUGGAAGAAGUUCGACGCCCGUGCCGCCCAUCGGGUGUACGGGAAGGGAGCCGCCUGCUCUGGUACCCGAGUCCUGGUCAUCGGAGCCGGACCCUGUGGCCUGCGCACUGCCAUCGAGGCGCAGCUGCUGGGCGCCAAGGUAGUGGUGCUGGAGAAACGUGACCGCAUCACCCGCAACAAUGUGCUGCAUUUGUGGCCCUUCGUCAUCACGGAUCUGCGUAACCUGGGCGCCAAGAAGUUCUACGGCAAGUUCUGUGCUGGCUCCAUCGAUCACAUCUCCAUCCGGCAGCUGCAGUGCAUGCUGCUCAAGGUGGCCCUCCUGUUGGGCGUGGAGAUCCACGAAGGCGUCAGCUUUGAACACGCCCUGGAGCCAUCCGGUGACAGCGGCGAUGGUUGGCGGGCAGUGGUUACUCCCUCGGAUCACGCCGUUUCGCACUACGAAUUCGAUGUCCUCAUCGGAGCGGAUGGUAAGCGAAAUAUGCUGGACUUUAGGCGGAAGGAAUUCCGGGGGAAAUUGGCCAUCGCCAUUACUGCCAACUUUAUCAAUAAGAAAACGGAGGCAGAGGCCAAGGUGGAGGAGAUCAGUGGUGUGGCCUUCAUCUUCAAUCAGGCCUUCUUCAAGGAGCUGUACAGCAGGACGGGUAUCGAUCUGGAGAACAUUGUCUACUACAAAGACGAGACGCACUACUUUGUGAUGACUGCCAAGAAGCACAGUCUGAUUGACAAGGGUGUGAUCAUCGAGGACAUGGCCGAUCCCGGCGAGCUCCUGGCCGCAGCCAAUGUGGACACUCAGAAGUUGCACGACUAUGCCCGUGAGGCGGCCGAGUUCUCCACCCAAUACCAAAUGCCCAACCUGGAGUUUGCAGUUAACCAUUACGGCAAGCCGGACGUGGCCAUGUUUGACUUCACCUCCAUGUUCGCAGCGGAGAUGUCCUGCCGCGUGAUAGUGCGCAAGGGUGCCCGACUGCUACAGUGCCUGGUGGGUGACAGCCUGCUGGAGCCCUUCUGGCCCACCGGAUCGGGCUGUGCCCGCGGCUUCCUAUCCAGCAUGGAUGCAGCGUAUGCCAUCAAGCUGUGGUCCAACCCGCAGAACAGCACGCUUGGCGUACUGGCGCAGCGCGAAAGUAUCUAUCGGCUGCUCAACCAGACCACGCCGGAUACCUUGCAGCGGGACAUCAGUGCCUACACCGUAGAUCCCGCCACGCGCUACCCGAAUCUAAAUCGGGAGUCGGUCAACAGUUGGCAGGUGAAGCACCUGGUAGACACGGACGACCCGUCCAUACUGGAGGAAACCUUUAUGGAAACGCACGCCCUGCAGACGCCGCAUGUGGAUACGCCGGGCAGGCGUAAGCGACGUAGCGGAGAUCUUCUGCCGCAGGGCACAUCUCUGCUAAGAUGGAUAAGUGCCCAGCUGAUGGCCUACCAGUUUGUACCGGAGCUCAAGGAGCCUUCAGAUGUGUUCCGAAAUGGUCGUGUCCUGUGUGCACUUAUUAAUCGGUAUCGUCCCGAUCUUAUCGAUUACGCUGCCACCAAGGACAUGAGUCCCGUGGAGUGCAAUGAGCUGGCCUUUGCCGUCUUGGAGCGUGAACUGCACGUGGAUCGCGUAAUGAGCGCCAAGCAAUCGAUACAGCUGAACGAAGUGGAUUCCCGCAGCUGGCUAAACUAUUUGGAUCAGAUCUGCGAAGUGUUCCGCGGCGAAAUCCCGCACAUAAAGCAUCCCAAGAUGGACUUUAGCGAUUUGCGACAAAAGUAUCGCAUUAACCACACGCACGCCCAGCCCGAUUUCUCCAAGCUGCUGGCCACGAAGCCCAAGGCCAAGUCACCCAUGCAGGAUGCCGUAGACAUACCCACAACGGUGCAGCGUCGUUCGGUGCUGGAGGAGGAGCGGGCCAAGCGGCAGCGUCGCCACGAGCAGCUCCUAAACAGCGGAGCAGGAGCCGCCACUGGGGUGGCCGGAGUGGCAGCGAGUGCCAGUCAGCAGCCGGGUCAAGGUGAUACACCGCGUAGAUCGAAGAAGCGCCGCCAGGUUGACAAAGCCGCUAACAUUGAGGAGCGCCAGCAGCGCUUGCAGGAGAUCGAGGAGAAUCGACAGGAGCGGAUGAGCAAGCGGCGCCAGCAGCGCUACCACCAGACGCAGAAUUUCUACAAGAGCCUGCAGCUCCUGCAGGCGGGCAAGCUGUUGCGGGAGGGCGGGGACGGCGAGGGUGGCGCUAUCGGAGUGGCCGAGGAUGGCACUCCCUUCGAGGACUACUCGAUAUUCCUCUACCGCCAGCAGGCACCGGUCUUCAACGAUCGCGUGAAGGACUUGGAGCGGAAGCUUCUGUUUCCCGAUCGCGAACGCGGCGACAUACCCUCAGCCUUGCCGCGAACGGCGGAUGAGCAGUUCAGUGAUCGCAUCAAGAACAUGGAGCAGCGAAUGACGGGACGUGGUGGCCUUGGUGGCGACAAGAAACCCAAGGAUCUCAUGCGGGCCAUCGGCAAGAUCGACUCCAGCGACUGGAAUGUGCGCGAGAUCGAGAAAAAGAUCGAGCUGUCCAAGAAGACCGAGAUCCAUGGGCCCAAGGGACGCGAGAAGGUGCCCAAGUGGAGCAAGGAGCAGUUCCAGGCGCGACAGCACAAGAUGUCCAAGCCCCAGCGCCAGGAUUCCCGCGAGGCGGAGAAGUUCAAGGACAUUGACCAAACGAUCCGCAAUCUGGACAAGCAGCUGAAGGAGGGUCACAAUCUCGAUGUGGGCGAACGCGGUCGCAACAAGGUGGCCUCCAUUGCCGGCCAGUUCGGCAAGAAGGACGAGACGAACUCGGAUGAGAAGAAUGCGGGCAGUAGCAAUGCCACCACUACCAACACCACCACCACCAACAACAACAACACAGUCAUCCCCAAAUCUAGUUCCAAGGUGGCGCUGGCCUUCAAGAAGCAGGCCGCCUCCGAGAAGUGCCGCUUCUGCAAGCAAACCGUCUACCUGAUGGAGAAGACCACCGUGGAGGGCCUGGUCCUGCAUCGCAAUUGCCUUAAGUGCCACCACUGCCACACCAAUUUGCGCCUAGGCGGCUAUGCCUUCGAUCGGGAUGAUCCACAGGGCCGUUUCUACUGCACCCAACACUUCCGGCUGCCGCCCAAACCGCUGCCACAGCGCACCAACAAGGCCAGAAAAUCCGCUGUUGCUCAGGCUGCUACGUCCGCUGUCACACCAUCAGCUCCUGGCACUCCAGUCGCUGCCGCUGCUGCCAACGCACCCACUGAGCCAAUGGACACCACACCGGCCAGGGAUCAAGUGGACCUUCUGGAGACAUCGCGGGCGAAUGCCUCAGCGGACGCCAUGUCCGACGACGAGGCCAAUGUCAUCGAUGAGCACGAGUGGUCUGAUCGAAACUUCCUGCCCGAGUCGAUCAACGAUUCGCAAUCAGAGCUAUCUAGUUCCGAUGAGUCGGACACGGAGUCGGACUCGGAGUUUGAGGAGGCAGAUGAUUCGCCCUUUGGCGCCCAGACCCUGCAACUGGCCUCGGAAUGGAUUGGCAAGCAGUACUGUGGAGACAGCGAUGUCUCCGAUGACUUUUACGAUUCAAGCGAAGGUAUUGCGGACGACGGCAAGGAUGAUACGGAAGGCGAGGAGUUCAAGAAGGCGCGAGAACUGCGACGCGAGGAGGUUCGCCUGCAACCACUGCCCGCCAAUCUGCCCACGGACACGGAGACCGAGAAGCUUAAGUUGAAUAUUAUUGACAAUAAGGAGAACGUGGCCGCCGAUAGGAAAUCCCUAGAGUCGGGCAAUUCCUUUGAAUCUGCUCGCAGUCAGCCAGCCACGCCUCUGAACACGCCCACUCGCGUUGAGAUGGAGCAGCUGGAGCGGAAUGCUCCGCGCAAGUUCAGCAGCGAGAUCGAGGCCAUUAGCGAGAAGCUUUACCACAUGAACAACAUGAUGAAGAUGAACAAGGACCUCGAGGUGCUGGCCAAGGAAAAUCUGGUCAAGAGCGAUAUCCUGCGCAAGCUCACUCUCAAAGAGAAGUGGCUGGCCGAGAAUGCGGCCAUAGCAGCCGGCCAGAAAGUGGUGGCCCCAGUUCCUGCAGCUGCGGCAACUCCUUCUGCUCCUGCUCCAUCUCAACCCAAAUCCAAGUUCGAUGAAAAGUACGAAAAGGUGGUGAGUCCACCAGCGGCCGUAGUGGAGCCCAAGCCAAAGCCUGUCAUAGAUUUCAAUCUGGAUGAGCUGAAGCCGCGCAAGCCCAACUUUGAGGAGCGCCCAAAGGAGCAGCUACCCAGGCCAGCGAGCUUGAAAAAACCACCUCCAGCGAAUCACAAGGCAGGCGGCAGCACCAACGUAAGUCGUUCGAGCAGCAUGAAGAGUAACGCCAGUACUGGAAGUCCAAAGGUUAAGAAGGCAACGCCCAUUGCCAGUGACAAGAAGAUGCAGAUUGAAGGGAUCCUCAGCACCAUCAAGAAGAUUCAGCGACAACACAGCAGUGAUCUAGAUGAGGAUAUGGAUGUGGAUCAGGAUGAGGAUAUGGGCAACAUGCAACCAAAUAAACAGCUCAACAGCAAACUGAAGGAAAUCCAAGCCAGUAGCUUUGCAGGCACCAUGGAUCACAUCAAGUCGCAGCUGACCAUGCCCACUGUAAGUGCCCAGGCAGCGCCCACGGUGGAUCUGUCCAAGUACUUUCCCAAUCAGAAGGUCGAGAAGAGCUCCACCGGCAACACGAACAAGAACCAAAAGACACUCAAGGAUGUGGACUUGGCCAAGUAUUUUCCCAGUAGCCCGGCUCCUCAACGAAGAACUGUGGAAACGGUGGCCGAGCGACUAAAGAAGUCGCAAACUGAAGCCUCUCUGGCAAAAGCAAAAGUUCAGGAAGACAAAGCAAAGACGCCACCAUCUGAUUCCAAGAAACCAGAGGAUGUGAAAGGAGCAACAACCAAGAAGGAGACCGAAAAAGUAGUUGGUAGUGGUGGCACCAAACCAGUGCCACCUAAAAGACAGGCCUCUUUGGAUACCUUUAGCCUACGGGAGCACCAGAUGGAUGGAGCACUAGAUUACAAAAAGAAGGCUCCCGCCAAGACGACAACGGUGAUCAAGAAACCAGCAAAGUCGGGAAGUGCCACAAGCCUGACGAAGGCAUCAACCACGUCGAAGGGGAAAACCAUCAAGAUUGUUAAGAAGAUUGUGCCCAAGGGAACGAAGGCCAAGAAAGCAGCAGCUGCUGCUGCCCAGGAAACAACAACUGCGGCUGCUGCAGUUGUAGAUCCCCCUGAGAAGGAGCCACCAAAAGAUGAAGCCGAACGGAUUUUGGAUGAAAUCCUGGCAGACGGGGAAACACGGUCGCCCAGUUCCGAGUAUCAGCGUCUGUUCGGUGAUGAAAAGUCACCCAGCGAUCUGUCCGACAACAUUGAUCGCAUUCUCGAGGAGACGGGCUUGGAUCUCGAACUGGGACUGCCCAAGCGCAGUAGUAAGAAGCUGGUGAAGACCAAGUCCCUGGGCGAAGGGGACUUUGAUUUGCAGCCCUCGAAGCAACGGCUAACCGGAGUACAGAACAUUCUCAAGCGUUUCGAGUCAAUGAGUUCUGUGCACUCGCAAAAUUCCCAGAACAGCGAUGAGCAGGCAGCGUUUAAGCUGCGUCGCAUGGAGUCCACCACCAGUAAUCUGAGUAGCCUCACCCGCUCCAGGGAGUCGCUGGUCUCUGCCAGCGAUUCGAUGAGUGACUUGGAGAAGACCAUGGACUAUCUGCGCAAUGAGUGGCGCAACGAGGCUACCAACUUUCUGCAAAAGAAACGUGACAAGUUCUACGCCCAGAAGGAGGAGCAACAGAAGGUGGUGCAGCAGGCUAAGGCUAAGCCGGAUCCGAUGAGGGAUUUGCCUGUGCAGUAUCGGGACUCAAAGCUGGCCAAGUUCUUUGGUUUGGGAGCACGUAAAUCUCCCGAGAAACGAAAGUCUCCCAUCAAGAAAAAGAAGUCGCCCUCAAAGACCCAAAAGGUGGCCAAGUCAAACAACUCUCUGGAGGAGCUGGCCAAGAUCAGCAACGCUCGACAGGCGAAGCAAGCUCAAAAGAAGGCGCCCAAAGUGGUUGAGCCUAAACCUUUAAAACCAGCUACUCCUGUUCCCGAUGACUUCGAGAUCCUUGAUUUGCUGGAGAAGGGCACAGAGGCUAAACUGGAGCUGGAACGCUCCAAGACCAAGAGUCCGGCUGUCGAGCAGCCCAUUAAAGAGAUGCCAAAAGAAGCUAUUGCGGAAGUUACUCUGCCCGUGGAAGAUAUUAAGAAUUUACCCAAAACUGGGUGUGAUAAAUCCCUGAAUAGCUCACGUCGUGGCUCUCAGUCUAGUUUGGUUAUGUCACGUCGUGCGUCCGAGAUUUCGUUAAAUGAAAAACUCAACCAGGAGGCGCUGAUUGCAUUGACCAAUCUGGAAAAGGAACGAGAAGCCGAGCAAGUUGACGAACUGUUCCAAAACAUGGUGGAGGAAAUGGAGAAGGCGCAGGCACAAGAACCGCAGCCCAAUGUAACUGUUGAGCCCUUAGAAGAUGACAUCGAUGCGGAUUCCCUCUGCACCACCAUCAGCAAGAGUCCCAGUGCCCAGCCCGUGACGGUGGUCAAGCGAGGCAGCUCCGAGGAUCAGAGCAUUGAAAAGCUUUUCGGUCACUUUUCCGACGAGAUGUUGGUGAAUGUGGAAUUCGAUUCCAACGAUGAGUUAGUAGGUAUCACGCCACGGGCUACCCUAGUGGCCAGAGACUCUGCGAAUCGGGAUUAUCUGGAUAAGUUGGAGUCUCUGGAACGCGAUGAGGACGCUUUCCAGCCUGUUGUUGGAGACAAAUUCCAGCAGGAUUAUAGCCAGGAUGAGGUGGAUAGCCUGCACUUUCCAUCGCGCCCGCAGCGAAGACCCAAAAGCAGCUCAUCAUCCAGUGAGCCUUCGUUGCCGGUGGUCCCACAAAGGCUAAAGAAGAAGCUGGCCAAGCUUGAUCCCGAGGACAUGGCACCCUCUGUACAGGAUCUCCUCCAACAGGUUUACGCAAAGAACUCAGAGUCUCCAGCUGUGGAAGUAAUUCCUAUUGAAGGCGCUCGCACUCUAAGGUUCCCUAGUAUGUCGGUGGAGGAAUAUGUCGAUGAAGUGGAUCACCUAAAGGAUGUCGCUGUUCUGGAGAAUGGAUCGCCGCCAAAAGCAAUUGUAGAACAAAGUGUGCCCCAACAGGAAGAGAAGGUCGAGGCAGUGACUCAAACUCCCAAGAAGCCGGUAGAUAGCCAGAGUAAUUCCCUAAAGAGCGAGAACUCCUCCAGCAGCAGUCUGGUGGAGGUGCCAAAGAUUAUCACCCCGCCCAAGCCGCACAGCAAGGAGAACUCUGCAGACUGGGACAUGGAGAAGCUGCCAGCUUCGCCCAUGCCACGUCGAAGGCUGCUACAGGGUCAGCAACCCUCGCAGACCCAGAGUCUGGCCAGCAAGGAGAGCUCCCUGGAGUGGGACAUGGAGAAGCUGCCCAGCAGUCCCAUGCCCCCGAGGAGGAACAACCGUAUGCGACCCGUCUCACCUAGUAACAGCUCUGUGCAGCUUCUCAAUAAUCUCUCCUCGGAUGGUGACGAUGAGGCAGCCCAGCGGCGCCUCAUCGAGGACUUUGAGCGAGAACGACGCCAGGCGCUGAUCAAGCGCGACGAGAAUUUUGAGGCCACGGCAGCGGAGCAGCGCCGACGGGACUCCCUGCAGAGCAGCAGCAACUCGAGCAGCAAACGCAGCCUGCCACCGCCCACGCCACCCUCGAAGAUGGGCUCCUGUCGAGGCACCACCCAGGAUACGAAUCGCACCCAAGAGACGGGCACACGGCACGAAGGCACGCCGCCAAUGUUCAAGAAACUGGAUGUCGACGGCACUGCCACUCCCCUGGACUCCACCACCUGCUCCACGCGGCGCAGCUCGUUUGCAUUUAUAGAGUUACAGGACAACAAGCCGGUCAUUGUGCCCAUGCCCAAAAAGCUCAAGUUGCCGAAGCCGGAUCAGCCCAGGUUUGUUCCCGAACCGGUGGCGGUUGAUGAGCCUGUGCCCGAGGUGUUCCAGGGUCGCUCUUGGCCCAAGGCACAGAUCGAAGGGGUCGUGGGGGAUCUCGAGGAGUUGGAUGAGGAGGAACAGGCGGAAAAGCUGAAGCAAGAGCUGCCGGAGUAUGCUCGCUCCGAUGGUCCUCCUUCGGCUGCCUUCAAGAAUCGCAAGUGGCCAGACGGCAAGACCGUAUUCGACCAGCGAGCCGAGUCGCUGGAGGAGGAGGAUGUUCUCAGCGGCCUCCUUGGCGGCAAGAGACGAGGCCCCCAAUGGUUCAGGGACAAACCGCGCUCCCAGUCGCCGCAGCCCUUUAAGCCGCUGGCCAACAGUUCCCGGCAAAGCUCCAAGUCGUUUAGUGACCUCAAAAAAGGACCCUCCCUGCAAUCCCUGUCGGCGCAAUCCAGUCAGGAUACGGAUACACUCUCUACCACCACCACAGUGGCCACAGCUCGUCCCUUGAGCUACAGUGGCUACGACGACCCGAUGGACGCCAACACUCAAGCCCUGUUGGAUCGCAGCAAGCGGCUGCAUAACCGUAAAAGGGACUUUGUCAAUGAGCGGGUGGUGGAGCGGAAUCCCUAUAUGAGGGAAGUGCUACGCAGCACGGAUCGUCGGGACUACGACGAUGUGGACGAGGACCUGACAAGCUACCGGCCGCGUCACUACACCAGUUCCACACUCAACCGUUUCCCCAGCACCUCGACAAGGAUAAAGAGCAGCAGCGCCUACGACUACCUCAGUCCCAGCACCAGCGAUUACCUGGCCCGGAGGCCUUACACCACCAGCAGCAGCCAUAUUCCGAGCAGCAGUGCCGCCAGCAGCUAUUAUCCAUCAACUGCACGCAGCUCCCACCUGAGCGAUCUGUUCCGGCGACGCAGUCCCGCCGGUGGAUCCAGUUACGGCAGCAAAGAGUCGUGCCCACCGAUCGGGCUAGCCUCUGAUCGCGUUAGCCAAUUGAUUGAAAGUAAAUGCACCUGGGUACGAUCUACGAAGGUCCAAACCGAGUCCGAGACCAGCUCACCCGACGAGGUCGAGCUCAAUUCUGCCACUGAGAUAUCCACCGAUUCUGAGUUCGACAACGAUGAGAUCAUACGCCAGGCGCCCAAAAUCUUCAUCGAUGACACCCAUCUAAGAAAGCCCACGAAAGUACAGAUCAAGUCCACUACGAUCGGACCGAAUGCUGCUGCUGCCGCCGCCGCCGCUGGACUCCAUCAGAAGCAGCUGGCGGCACGGGAAAAGGGAGGCAGCUACUUGCCAAAGUACCAACCGCAGCCACCUCUGCCGCAGUUCAAGCCCCUGGUACAGGUGGAUCCAACGCUGCUAAUUAGCAGCCAGCGCGCUCCGCUCCAGAAUCCGCGUCCCGGCGACUACUUGCUGAACAAGACGGCCAGCACCGAGGGCAUUGCUUCGAAGAAGAGCCUGGAAUUGAAGAAACGCUACCUGCUGGGAGAGCCGGCCAAUGGCAACAAGAUCCAAAAGUCGGGCUCCACCUCGGUGCUGGACUCGCGCAUUCGCAGUUUCCAGUCGAACAUUUCGGAGUGCCAGAAACUGCUCAAUCCUAGCAGCGACAUCAGCGCCGGCAUGCGAACGUUCCUCGAUCGCACAAAGCUGGGCGAGGGCAGCAGUCAAUCUGGCGGACAGUCCAACGAACUGAUGCGUUCCGCCACCAGCAAUGUGAUCAAUGACUUGCGCGUCGAGCUCCGGAUACAAAAGGCUCCCUCCAGUCACUCCACGGACAACGAGAAGGAGAACGUGUUCGUAAACUGCAAGAACGAGCUGAACAAGGGCAUGGAGUACACGGAUGCGGUGAAUGCCACGCUGCUGGACCAGCUGGCCAGAAAGACGUCGCCCACGACGCCGGCGACCAACAAGACGGUAAUCGAAGUGAUUGACCUGGUGACGCCCGAGAAGCCGGUGCCUAUUAUUGAUCUCACUUCAAAUGACCCUAAAAAGCAGAUAGAGGCAGACGACAGCAACAAGAUCAGCGAACUGCAAAAGGAGGUGAUUGUAAAGGAGGAGCCCAAGCCCGAUGUAUCGCGGGAUGUGAAGGAGUGCAUUCCGGACAUACUCGGUCACAUCAAAGAGACGCCGCAGCAGGACGGUGGCGAGGAGCAGCAGAGUCUGCUGGGGCAGUCGGACGAAGAGAAACGUGACUCCCCGGAGAAGGAGGUGGGAGAGCAGGAGCCCAGUUAUGAACCGGACAGCGUGCAGAUCCAGGUGCCCAACAUACCCUGGGACAAGAGCAAGCCGGAGGCUAUGUCGACAACAGGCAGCAGCGGCUCCAUCUGCUCCAGCUCCGACUCUUCCAGCAUUGAGGACAUCCAGCACUAUAUCCUGGAGUCGACAACUAGUCCGGAUACCCAGACAACGGCAGGUGGCAAGCACAAUGUGCCGCGUUUGGAAGUCCAUGACACAAGUGGGGCCCUAAUGCAGGUUGAUAGCCUGAUGAUCGUAAAUGGGAAGUACAUUGGCGAUCCCGAAGAUGUCAAGUUCCUGGAUAUGCCUGCCGAUGUCAUCGUCCCGCCCGCUCCGGCGUUAAAAACCAGCGAGCUGGAGCCAGAGGAUGACCACGAAACGGAGGAGGUGGAGCCAGUGACGGCUACGCCUGAGCCUGCCGAGUGCACCGUCAUCGAGGCGGAACGUCAGCCUCCUCCUCUACCGGAUAUGGGACCACCGACUCUGAAGUUUGACACCAAAAAUGAGAACAAGAUCGAGAGCUUGAAGAACCUGCCUCUGAUCGUGGAGAGCAGCGUGGGCCACAGUCAGGCGGUGAAACCCAUUACGCUUAAUUUGAGCAGCUUGGCCAGGACGCCGGAUACACCGACCACGCCCACGGCGCAUGAUAGCGACAAAACGCCCACCGCAGAGGUCUUCUCCAGGGGCUCCGAUUCGGAAACGGAGCCCACGGGCACGGGUACCGGUCAAGUGCUGACGGAAACGGAGCUAUCCGACUGGACAGCCGAUGACUGCAUCUCGGAGAACUUUGUUGACAUGGAGUUCGUGCUGAACUCAAACAAGGGAACCAUGAAACGUCGCAAGGAGCGGCGGCGCAGCGGAGCUAACAAGCUACCCAGUGGCAAUGAGGUCAUCCACGAGUUGGCCCGACAAGCACCAGUGGUGGAAAUGGACGGCAUCCUCAGUGCCAUUGAUAUCGAUGACAUUGAGUUCAUGGACACUGGAUCGGAGGGAUCCUGCGCAGAGGCGUAUUCCGCAACAAACACGGCUCUUCUGCAAAACAGAGGGUACAUGGAGUACAUCGAGGCAGAGCCGAAAAAGCCCACUCCUAGAGCAGCGCCGCCCUCCAGCUACCAUGGCAACCUGCCGCCGCUGGUGACCAAGCGGGAUGAAAAGCUGGGCAUCGAUUACAUCGAGCAGGGAGCAUACAUCAUGCAGGACGAUGCCAAGACGCCGGUGAACGAAGUGGCACCCGCCAUGACCCAAUCUCUGACCGAUUCCAGCACUCUGAACGAGCUGGAUGACGACAGCAUGGCAGGCCUGGGCUUGUCCCAGACACAGCCAACCACAACGGAGGAGAGCGAGGCUCUGACAGUGGUCACCAGUCCGUUGGAUACCUCAUCGCCGCGGGUUCUCGACCAAUUCGCCUCGAUGCUGGCGGCUGAAGGGGAUUCCACGCCCAGCAGCUCGGAGCAGCAACCAAAGACCUCAACGGUGACCAGCAGCAGCAGCGGUCCCAAUUCCUCCACCCCGGGCAAUGCCACCAAGGAGACCGCUCCGCAAGAAGAGGAUCUGCAGAUCCAGUUCGAGUAUGUCCGAGCCCUGCAGCAGCGCAUCUCGCAGAUCAGCACCCAGCGGCGCAAGAGCUCCAAGGGAGAGCCACCGAACCUAACUGUGAUAGAAUCUGUCGAGGAUCAGCCAAAGGCAGCGGAGGCUGCAGAGGCCAUGCCCUCGAUGCGGCCGCGCAGCUGCAGCAGCUCCAGUAAAGUACCUGAGAUACCCACGCUCAGCAGCAAGCUGGAGGAGAUCACCAAAGAGCGCACCAAGCAGAAGGAUCUCAUCCACGAUCUGGUCAUGGACAAGCUGCAGUCAAAGAAGCAAUUAAACGCCGAGAAGCGUCUGCACAGGAGUCGACAACGAAGUCUUCUCACCAGUGGCUAUGCCAGCGGUGCCAGCCUAAGUCCCACACCCAAGCUGGCAGCUGCUUCCAGUCCGCAGGAUUCCAACUGCUCCAGCCAGGCGCACUAUCACGCAUCCACAGCGGAGGAGCGACCACCGAAGCCCGUCGACGAGAGGCCGCUGCAGAAGUCCGCAACAUCUACUUACGUGUCACCCUAUCGCACUGUCCAGGGGGCAAUACGGAGUGCUGAUCGCUAUAAGCAACGUCCCUUCAGCGAGCACAUCGAUGCCAGUGCCUUGGAGGGCUACAAACUGGGCAAAACGGCCUCCUUUAAUGGCGGCAAGCUGGGUGAGUUCGUCACGCCCAUUGCCCCAGCGCGAGUAGUUCGCGGUGGAGGUGGAGGAGCAGCGGCACCGGAUAUUUCCAAUAUAUCCGCCUCAACGGAAAACCUGAGAAGCGAGGCCAGGGCUAGGGCUCGGCUCAAGUCCAACACCGAGCUGGGUCUCAGUCCCGAGGAGAAAAUGCAGCUAUUGCGGUCGCGCCUUCACUACGAUCAUCCCAGAUCCUUAAAACCAAAGCAAAUGGAGGAGCUGCCCUCUGGCGAUCUGGCAGCCCGUGCCCGCAAAAUGAGUGCCUCAAAGAGUGUCAACGAUCUGGCGUACAUGGUGGGUCUGCAGAACCAACAGCAGCAGCAGCAGCUGGAACAGGAUGUUGUGCUUCAUGCCAAGGCGGCGGAUUUCACAUCCGAUCCCAAUAUAGCGGCUGGCGGUGGCGGUUGUCAGGAGAAGUCAACGAAAACUAAGUCCGGGCGGAGGACCAAGGAUCCAGAGCGGCGGAAGAGUCUCAUUCAGUCGUUGUCCAGCUUCUUCCAGAAGGGUUCAUCAUCGGCAAGUGCCAAGGAACAGGGAACAGUUGUCGGUACUACAGCUGGCGGCCACUCUGAGCAGUCAGAGCGACCCGGCACCAGCAGCAGCAGCAGCGGCGGCACGUCCACAAUCUCAGAUGCGGCGACCGCUGGAGGAGGAGGAGGAGGAGGCGGCGUCUUCAGUCGAUUCCGCAUUUCGCCCAAGUCCAAGGAGAAGUCCAAGUCUUGCUUUGAUCUGAGGAGUUUCGGUUUUGGUGACAAGGAAAAUAUGCUCGUCUGCCAAGCCACCGCGGCGACAGCGGGAGGCGCGUCCCAAGAUUAUCUGAACAACAGUAACAACAGUCGCUAUCGAAAGCAAACGAACAACACUGCGAACAAACCGAAACCCGAAUCGUUCUCAUCGUCCAGUCCGCAGCUCUACAUACACAAGCCCCACCAACACCACCACCACCACCACCUGGCCACAGCGAUUCCAAGGGCCUUGGACGACCAGACACCGCCGCCCAUACCGCCUCUGCCACUGAAUUAUCAGAGAUCCGAUGAUGAGAGUUACGCUAACGAGACACGAGAGCAUAAGAAGCAACGUGCCAUAUCGAAGGCUUCGCGACAAGCUGAGCUCAAGCGACUACGAAUCGCUCAAGAAAUACAGCGCGAACAGGAGGAGAUUGAGGUGCAGUUGAAGGAACUGGAGGGACGCGGCGUCCACAUUGAGAAGGCCCUGCGGGGCGAGGGGCAGAACCUGGAGAACCUGGACUCGAGCAAGGACAACGAUGAGAAGCUACUAAAGGAACUAUUGGAGAUUUGGCGCAACAUCACAGCACUCAAAAAACGCGAUGAGGAACUGACUAUAAGACAACAGGAACUGCAAUUGGAGUAUCGACAUGCCCAGCUCAAGGAAGAGCUCAAUCUGCGAUUGUCCUGCAACAAACUGGACAAGAGUUCCGCCGAUGUGGCCGCCGAGGGUGCAAUACUUAAUGAAAUGCUGGAAAUCGUCGCCAAGCGAGCGGCUCUGCGGCCAACCGCCUCCCAACUGGACCUCACAGCGGCUGGCAUUUCAAGCGAGGCAGCGACUGGCAUUAAGCUGGUCGGCCAACCGCUUGACCACGAUGAGUCCAAUAUUUGAAUAGCAAACUGGGGUCGUCUGCUGGUCUACGAAGUUGCACGCGGACUGCUAAGCCUAAAUACUUAAGAACGUACCAAAAACAGCAAGCUGAAUUAUGAAAACUAACAAUACUGAUACUAGAACCCAUGAGCUGUAACCGAAACGAGCAAAUAACUAUUCAGAGUGAUUAAGCGAUUUGAGGGAGAGGACAACUCGAACAAUAUAUAUUUAAGUAGUGAGUGAGCGAGUAAGCGCACGCAUCAAGGUUAAAGUGUAGUGUAAAGGCAGAGAGAGGAAAUCAACACCAAAAACUAAUUUUGCAAUUUGAAUGUAAUGCCCUUAGUUCUGUAUUCUCAAGCUAAUUGUAUGUUUAGUUAGUUAGUCGUUGCCACUGAAUUCUGUCUGAUCUGUGUAUGUUGUGUUUUUCUGUUUUCUAUUUUCUAUUUUUUUACAAAUGUAAUGCGUUGGUUUUUGAUUGUGUAAUGUAAUGUGUACUACGUUUUGUGCAAAGUGCAGGGUUUGUUGUAAUUUGUGUGUGCUUGAGUUUUAGGCACACAAUUGUUUAUCGAUUUCUUUGUAUACCGCUUGAAUGUAUUAUUAUUUAUUUGAUGAAUGCAAUGUAAUUUAAUAUGUCAUUUGCUGCCCAAACCAAAAUCAAAGUGAACACAAAGAGAUGCACACAAAUACAUUACAUAUUUUCUAUAUGCGAGAGAGCGUACAUAGUAGGAGAUGUAGGAGAGCAAACAGUUGCUCUGUAUACUAAUGGAAACGAUUUAAAUUAUUGCGUAAUUUAAUUUAUAACCUCUGCAUAUAUAAACAUAUUUAUCGAAUUUAUUAUGUAACUUUUCGAUUUAUUUUAAAUUGAAUAAAGAUUUUAU